UAGAGCCUCGCUAAUCCGAACCUCGUUAAUCCGAACCCUCGCUAAUCCGAAUGUCCCUAACUGCUUGACCUCGAGUUUCCAGAGAGCAUUUAGAAUUCCGAGGCCUUGUGCAAACGUCCUUUCAUAUCCGGGAAAUAACAAACAUCUGAUCAUAUCCGGGUACACGUUCUCAUGUCGUCAGACAAAGAUAUAACAAAGAAGACAAAACGGGCUCACAAGACUCUAACAAUAGAGCAGAAGGUAGCAAUACUGGAUGAACUGGGAAGUGUCUCCUAUUCUGUGCUGUGUGAACGAUAUGGAAUCGGUCGAAGCACCAUUAGCGAUAUCAAGAGGAAAGAGUCUGAACUGAGGCAAUACGAAAGGAAGCUAACCGAAAUGGGAACGAGUCGACUUGCCAAAACAAUGAAGCUUUCUACUUACGAGGAGCUGGAGAGGGCUGUUUUCAUGUGGUUUCGGCAGACGCGCGAGAAAGGCAUUCCUGUAUCAGGCCCACUACUACAAGCAAAGGCCUUGCAGCUUCACGAGAAAUUGAAGGAGUCUUCUCAAGAAGAGGAUUUCGGCAACUUUGUUGCCUCGUCUGGUUGGCUUUGGAGAUUUUGUAAGCGUCAUUGCAUUAGACAGCUGGCCUUACAAGGAGAAAAGCUGUCUGCCGAUAAACCAGCUACUGAUCAGUUUGUGUUACGUUUCCAAGCUUUUGUCGAGGAUAGUGAUUACAGCACUGAACAAAUAUUCAACUGUGACGAGUCAGGUUUGUACCAUAAGCUGCUGCCUCAGAAAACGCUUGCUGGUCACUUUGAGAGGUCUGCUGAUGGGCGCAAGACUCAAAAGGACCGUGUUACCAUCAGUGCCUGCUCAAACGCGUCUGGUAGCAUAAAACUACCCUUGGUCUUGAUAGGUAAAUCCAAGAAUCCUCGUUGUUUCAAAAACGUCAAUCGUGAUCACUUGCCAGUGAGUUACUACAACCAGUCUAAUGCUUGGGUGAACACAGGAAUAUUUUCUGACUGGUUCCAUCAUAAGUUUGUUCCUGUAGUGCAGGAAACGUUAAGGGAAAAGGGUUUGGAUGAUAAAGCUGUCCUUCUGCUUGACAACUGUUCUGCUCAUCCGAAUGAAGAAGACCUGAUAUCAGCAGAUGGCAAAGUGAUCGCAAAGUUCCUUCCACCGAAUGUCACUUCGUUAAUUCAACCCAUGGAUCAAGGUGUGCUAGUAUCCAUUAAACGCCGAUACAGGAAAAAGAUGCUUCAAGAUCUUAUUCUUCAAAAUGAUAGAGGUGUGUCAAUCAUUGACUUUGUUUGUGGAAUCAACAUGAUGGAAAUUUCUGAUAAAGUUUCCGCUAGUUGGGAUGAAAUUACACCUAGAACAAUUCGAUUGUCUUGGAGAAAGAUUCUACCCAUUUAUCCUGACGAAGGCAGUCAGGAACCUGCUGGCAUCACAGAAUCAGGAGAGUCAUUUGAAGAGCCUUCUUCUAAUUUGACCCCUCUCUUCUCUGCUUUGGGUUAUGAAAUGACUUCAACAGAAAUUGAGGAGUGGUUAAUGGUAGACAAUUUGGAUCCUGGUUACACUCAUUUGGAUGAUGAUGAAAUUGUCACUGAAGUCUUGGCUCACGGUCGUGAUGAAGAGACUGCUGCAGAUGAAGAUCAAAUGCAAAGUUCUGAUCAUGAUGCAAGCACAAACCAGUCUGGCAUCUCUCAUGGCAGUGCAUUUCAAAUGCUCUCUGAUUGUUUGACAUGGUUUCGGGAACAGACAGAAGCAACUCAAUACAGCUUGAGUGUUCUUCGGAGCCUACGUGACCUUGCAGCUAAAAAGAGACUAAGCACUCUUGAACAGACGCGGGUGACGGACUACUUUGAGAAAUGAGUUGCUUUUGCUUGUUGUUGGGUUACCUACUUAGUUAGUUGCGUUGCAAGAAUUCUUGUCCCUGCGUAGGCAUGUAAUUGUUGACAUAUGUAUGCGCAAACGGUCUGGAUUGUCAAGGCUAUGUCUGGGUCUCCAAGGCUUCGUAUUUUGAUAAUCCGAACAAAUUCAGUAAUCCGAACAGGUAAGAACGGAGUCUGGUACAGAGCUAUUCGGAUUAGCGAGGCUCUACUGUAGUAAACUACGCGCUUUCACAGGCACACUGCACGGGCACAGUACACGGUACCAUACAAGGGUGGGCGUGGUAUUCUAUAGCAGGUCACAUUUCUUCAUUUGAAUGACGUCGCACAACUCACCAAGCAAACAGACAUGCACGUCAAUCGUUCUAAAACGCCUUCUGAACUCUAUUUGAAGUCAACUCAACUGAACUCUAUUUGCUCAAGUUACAACUCAACUCAAUUAAUUAAUUCAACUAACGUAGAACAGUGUGCGGCUACAACUGAAAGAACAUGGUCAUACAUGUAGCUAGUAAGCUACAGCUAGCUACAGCUAGUUACUAAGUAGACUACUAUGCCAAUGCUGAGUAUAGCUACUGUACUAGAGUCAAUAGUGUUAGACAAUGAUUGUAGAGUUCUACCGUGUCACUCGGUGAUGUCUGGGCUGUCAUUGUCGACGCGUACGUUCAUAUCUGCAGUCAAGAUGCGUGACGAGAAGGCUCCAGCACCUUGGGUUGUGGCAGAUGGAAACACGAUUGGUAGUUCCGUGUCCGACGAAAUGAAGAAAUGUGAUCUGCUACAGAAUACCACGCCCACCCUUGUACGGUAACGUGUAGGCCUAGUAGUGUGCCCAUAAAAGCGCGCAGUAUACUACUUGUAGUAUAGGUUGACGGUUUCGAUGUUUUAUUUGUGUCUCGAUUUUUCCUAGACAACAAACGAGUCUGUUAUACUUCUUCACCUCAGUUACCAACUCGGCGAUCUGCUAGGGCGGAGCCUA